CCCUCGCGCUCCCGCCAAUCACAGCAGGAACUGCGCUCGCGCUCCGGAGCCCGGACCAAUGAGCUGCGUCGGAGCGGCCUUCGAGGGGCGGGGUGUCCGUUUCCACAGAAGCCGCGGCCGGUUACUAGCCUCGGCGGGCGCCUCGGCGGGCGCGCUCUGGCCACCGCUGCCGGUCCUGGGGACUCCCGGGCUUCUCGCCCCGCGCGCCCUGCCCUUCCUCUCUGGCCUUCUGCUCUCCCCUCUGCACUCUCCGCUGCCGAGGCCGCCCAGGGCAGGACGGAUCUCUCAGGACCUCCGGGCACUGCAGGGAGUGGCGGCUGCGGAUGACGUCACGGCGACGCGCGGAGGCGAGUCCGGCCGGGCUCUGAGUGAGGGAGAACCUGUCCUGCAGUGUGCCAGUGAGAAGCACCUCAGCAGGCUCAGUCAAGACACUGCUAAUCAAAAGACGGAGUUGGAGGCAACACUUAAGGAAGCUGAGUCUGCAUCCUGCUCAGUAGAAUUACUUUUGCCGUUACUUAAGAACACUGUGAAAGGAAUUCACUUAGAAAAUGAUAAUCUUUCUGCGUCCAAUUUAAAGAAGAUUUUUGAACAGAAGGAAAUACUGUCAAAGGAAUUAGACACCUUUAACCGUGUGAAAUUAGCCUUAGAACAUCUUCUUAAACGGCCAGACUGUGAACAAACAGGAGACAACUUAGCCAGCUUGUUGAAGGACCUCAGUGACCAUGAAAGUGAGAACAGUAACCUUAAGAAGAAAGCACUUGAAAAGGAGACCUAUAUCCAAGAACUUUCAUGUCUGUUUCAGAAUGAAAAGCAAAGUGCUUUGAAAGCAAACCGGUUUUCUCAGUCAGUCAAAAUCGUACAUGAUCGUCUACAGCUCCAAAUUCAGAAAAGGGAAGCCGAGAAUGAUAAACUAAAAGAACAUGUACAGAACUUGGAAAUCCAAAUAGCCAAGUGGAACUUGCAGGUGAAAAUGAGUAAACAGGAGGCUGUAUCCAUCAAAGAAGCAAGUAGCCAAAAAGCUGCAGCUCUGAAAAAAGCAUCAAAAAUUUAUAAACAAAGGCUGAAACACUUUACAGGGGACGUCGAACACCUCACUUCCAAAAUUAAAGAGCAGGAAGCCAAGUUGUCUGAAACAGUUUCAGCUUCCAAUACCUGGAAAAGUCAUUAUGAGAAAAUCGCAAUAGAAAAAACUGAACUGGAAGUUCAGAUCGAAACAAUGAAAAAGCAAAUCACUAAUCUUUUAGAAGACUUGAAGAAAAUGGAAACACAUGGGAAAAAAUCAUGUGAAGAAAUUCUUAGAAAACUUCACUCACUUGAAGAUGAAAAUGAAGCCCUAAAUAUUGAGAAUGAAAAGUUAAAGAGUACGCUUGAUGCCUUGAAGGAUGAAGUUUCUUCUGUUGAAAAUAAACUUGUAGAACUGCAAGAAGUAGAAAAACGACAGAAAACCCUCAUUGAAGGAUAUAAAACUCAGGUACAAAAGUUACAAGAAGCAGCUGAAAUGGUAAAAAGCAGAUGUAAAAAUUUGCUACAUGAAAAUAACCUAAUAAUAAAAAACAAAAACAAAAAGUUAGAGAAGGUUGAUGGAAACGAUAGCCUUAUAGCCAAGCUUUCUCUUGAGGAGGAAAAUUACCUCAUUCAGUUAAAGUGUGAAAACCUUAAAGAAAAAUUAGGACAGAUGGAUGCAGAGAAUAAAGAACUUGAGAAGAAGCUGGCAGACCAAGAGGAGUUUCUCAAGCACAGUGACCUGGAGCUGAAAGAGAAGGCUGCAGAGUACACAGCACUGUCUAGGCAACUGGAAGCUGCUUUGGAAGAAGGAAGACAAAAGGUUUCCGAAGAAGUAGAGAAAAUGUCAUCUAGAGAGAGAGCAUUACAAAUUAAAAUACUAGAUCUAGAGACUGAGCUUAGAAAGAAAAAUGAAGAACAAAACCAACUUGUUGGCACAAUGAACAGUAAAGCCCAGCAUCAGGAUUUAUGUUUGAAAGAACUACAGCACAGUCUUGAGAAGUCAGAGAAUCAAAACGAGAGCAUUAAGAAUUACUUACAGUUUCUUCAAAUUUCCUAUGUAACAAUGUUUAGAUAAAUUGUUGAAUUCCACUGAUUGUUAUACUUUAUGAUUUAUAGGUUAUCAGAAUUAGAGUUUGUACAUGAAGAUAUUUAAGAUGUAAUUUAUUAUCUAAUUGAAACUUUAAGAAAUGACUGUUCUUAGUAUUCCUUUGUGGUAGAUAAUUUGCAUUGAACUGUGGUUUCAUUCAUUUUUUUAAAUAUUAAUUUUUAAGGUAUUUUUCUCCAUACAUGCAAAAAUCAGAAUUAUUUUUAUGAACUAUUGAAGUCAAUUUGUAACAAAUCU